AUGCCCUGCAUCAAGUUGAAGGACGAAGCAAGGGAGGUUGGUAAUCAGGCACUGGAUUUGAAGCUUCCGUCUGGUGAGAUGGAUGUUCUCCGAGUGAACUUGGAGCUGAUCAAGAGGCAGCUGGGGCUUGAGCAAGUCGAGGUGCUGUCACCGUCUGAUGAAGCCGCUCGCACUAAAGCUGCUGAGCAUGUUUUGCUGCUGGAGAACCCAACCCCCCUCCCCCUGGUGACCCGGUCGCCAUUUUCCUCAGCAAACAGGAGCUUGAGGCUUAAAACUGAGCUUAUGUUAUCGCUAGUUGGAACUUUCUCGUGCUACUCUGUGUUUGGCGAAAGCCUGAGUUUUGCUUUGGAUAUCUGA